AUGGAACCUGAUAACAUCAAAUUCUUCAAUGUGGGUCUUCUUGUUCUCGCCACUUUACUCCUCGCAAAGCUUAUUUCUGCUCUUCUCAAUUCCAGAUCUAACAAACGGCCUCCUCCCACUGUUAAAGGCAUCCCCUUUAUUGGGGGAUUGCUCCGUUUUCUUAAAGGUCCGAUUGUGAUGCUGAGGAAGGAGUACCCUAAACUUGGGAGUGUUUUCACCGUUAACUUAUUGCAUAAAAAAAUUACCUUCUUGAUUGGCCCUGAGGUUUCUGCACAUUUCUUCAAAGCAUCUGAGUCUGAUCUUAGCCAGCAGGAAGUUUACCAGUUUAAUGUCCCAACUUUUGGCCCUGGCGUUGUGUUCGAUGUGGAUUACUCCAUUCGUCAAGAACAGUUCAGGUUCUUCACUGAGGCUCUCAGAGUCACAAAACUGAAAGGAUACGUAGAUCAGAUGGUUAGAGAGGCAGAGGAUUUCUUCUCUAAGUGGGGUGACAGUGGGGAGGUGGAUCUCAAGUAUGAGUUGGAACAUCUUAUCAUCUUAACAGCUAGUAGAUGCCUUUUGGGAAGUGAGGUUCGUGAUAAGCUUUUUGCGGAUGUUUCAGCUUUGUUUCAUGACCUUGACAAUGGAAUGCUCCCUAUCAGUGUUAUGUUUCCCUACCUUCCUAUCCCGGCUCAUCGUCGUCGUGAUCAAGCACGCAGCAAGCUUGCGGAUAUCUUUGCAAAAAUCAUAGCUUCCAGAAAAUGCAACGGGAGUUCAGAUAAUGAUAUGUUGCAAUGUUUUAUUGACUCAAAGUACAAAGAUGGGCGGUCAACAACAGAUUCUGAAGUCACUGGUUUGCUCAUAGCUGCUCUUUUUGCAGGUCAACAUACUAGUUCUAUUACCUCAACUUGGACUGGGGCUUAUCUCCUCUGCCACAAAGAGUACAUGUCUGCUGUUUUAGAGGAACAGCAAGAGCUGAUGGGUAAGCAUGGCGAUAAGAUUGAUCAUGAUAUCUUGUCUGAAAUGGACAAUCUCCAUAGGUGCAUUAAAGAAGCUCUCAGACUUCACCCUCCAUUGAUUAUGUUGAUGCGAAGUUCGCAUAGUGAUUUUAGUGUUACAACCAGAGAGGGGAAAGAAUAUGAUAUUCCAAAGGGUCAUAUAAUUGCCACAUCUCCAGCUUUUGCUAAUCGACUUCCUCAUGUGUAUAAGGAUCCAGACAGGUAUGAUCCAGACAGGUUCGCCCCUGGGAGAGAUGAAGACAAGGCAGCUGGAGCGUUCUCCUACAUCUCGUUCGGAGGUGGCAGGCAUGGGUGCCUUGGCGAACCCUUUGCUUAUCUACAGAUAAAAGCAAUAUGGAGUCAGUUGCUAAGAAAUUUUGAACUGGAGCUAAUAUCUCCUUUUCCUGAAAUUGAUUGGAAUGCUAUGGUUGUGGGUGUCAAAGGCAAAGUUAUGGUCAGGUACAAGAGAAGGAAGCUUUCUGUUAGUUAA